AAACCACGUACCACUACUCAAGGAGCAUUUACAUGCGAUAUUAAUGAACUGAAACCAAAUGAUCGUUUCAUUGUCAUUUUCGAAUUUCGCCUGUGGACCGCAACUCUUGCUGGGGUAAGAUAGCUAUGAUUAAUUUUUUGUUUUUGUUUUUUUUGUGUUGUGCAUUCAGAUGAAGAUAUAUGUUUGUGACGUUGCCUCUGAGUUCCCCACCGGAAACAUCUUUCUGUUUGCUUGACCGCAGUUGGAAUCGAACCCACGACAUUUGGUUUCCCAGCCCAAUUUUCUACCAAACGAUCUACGAGAUCAAGUCCGUUCGAGUGAGUGAUAUAUCGGAACUACAUUGAAUUCUAUCUGUGAUGAAAUAUAUCCACGAUAAAAUAUAUAUAUCAUGAAAUAUAUCUACGAAGCACUAUUAAAUAGUGAAGUCUUGAAUUUCUACCAAGAACUACUUCCUACCAAUACCUUCUUCCUACCAAGACCUUCUUCCUACCAAGAUCUUCUUCCUACCAAGACCUUCUUCCUACCAAGACCUUCUUCCUACCAAGACCUUCUUCCUACCAAGACCUUCUUCCUACCAAGAUCUUCUUCCUACCAAGACCUUCUUCCUACUAAGAUCUUCAUCCUACCAAGACCUUCUUCCUACUAAGACCUUCCUACCAAAUCCUCCUUACCAAGACUUUCUUCCUACCAAGACCUUCCUACCAAGACCUUUCUCCUGUUAAGACCUUCUCCCUACUAAUACUUUCUUCCUACCAAGAUCUUCUUCCUACCAAGAUCUUCUUCCUACCAAGACCUUCUACCUACCAAGAACUACUUCCCACCAAGACCUUCUUCCUACCAAGAACUUCUUACCGCCAAGACCUUCUUCCCACCAAGACCAACUCCCUACCAAGACCUACUUCCUACCAAGACCUUCUUACCGCCAAGAACUUCUUCCUACCAAGACCUUCUUCCUACCAAGACUUCUUCCUAUCAAGACCUUCUUCCCACCAAGACCUUCUUCCUACUAAGACCUUCGCCCUACCAAGAUCUUCAUCCUACCAAGACCUUCUUCCUACCCAGACCUUCCUACUAAGACCUUCUCCCUACCAAGACCUUCUUCCUACCAAGACCUUCCUACCAAGACCUUUCUACCAUGACCUUCUUCCUACCAAACCUUCUUCCUACCAAGACCCAGUACGAUGUUUAUGUCGUUUAGAAAUCUACCAUACCAGGAGUAUUUCGAAAUUGCUCUUUUUUAUUUCUCUUACACAGCAAGGAAUAACUUUAUGAAUUGCAUAAUUAUUAGUUAUACUACUUUAAUACAGAAAGUAUUAAAUGAUGACUAAUUCGUUGACUGCUGGAAAUGUUUUGCAAAUUUAACUGCGGUAAAUGCUGUUUUAGACAUAAUAUUAUUUUUUUGUUUUGCAGUACUAUGCAAAAGAUCUUCUUGUGGAAAUAGAAGCCAACGCCGAGUACAUGGACUCUCUUAAUGACAAUUCAAUGACACAAGUGACACGAGCAUUAGGCGUG